AUGGAGCAGAUCAUUACAAUGGACGGAGCUCUAAGAAUGAGCAACCUUUUCGUCGUUUGCUUUGCCGUGACUGUGAUUGUAUGGAUUAUUGUGGAAGCAUUUUACAAUGUCUUUUUCCAUCCACUCCGCAAUUUUCCAGGCCCUCUGCUAUGGCGCGCCUUUCGCCUUCCCUAUGUUGUCAAGGCAAUCCAGGGCCGUCUAGCCUUUGACAUGCUUCCGAUCCAUGAACAAUAUGGACCCGUGGUACGCAUUGCUCCCAACGAGCUCGCAUUUGCGCAUGCGUCGGCCUGGCGCGACAUUAUGGGCGGCAAGCAAGAUUUUGCAAAAUGGGACGAGUACUACAAAGUUCAAGAUCGCCAGGCUACGAACAUCAUGUUUGCACCUGCUGAGGAGCAUGCCCAGAUGCGUCGAGCAGUAGGCGUGGGCUUUUCUGACCGGGUAUUAAGGGACAUGGAACCGCUGAUUCAAAACUCCAUUGGCCUACUUAUUCGCAGAUUGCGGGAUCAGUGCAAGUCACCUGAGGUAUCUGGCAAGAUUGACAUGUCGGCGUGGUUCAAUUUUACAACAUUUGACCUUAUUGGCAAUUUGGUAAUGGGCGAAUCUUACCAUUGUCUGGAGAAUGCCGAUUAUCACCCCUGGGUGCGACCCAUCUUCCAGGUCACAUAUAUCAGUGCCAUCAUGUCCUCACUAGGGCACUAUCCGUGGUUCAAGUCAACUCUGCUACGUCUUUUCAGACCGAUAAUCUCCAAGAAAAUACUCAACCAUCAGGCAUACACGAGGGAAAAGCUUGAAAAACGCAUGACGGUCAAGCGAACUGAUCUUGUCGAGGCCAUGUUGGACAUCAACAAGAAAAAUGAGAUGGAAAUGGAUAAGCUCGUCAUGAAUGCCUCGGUACUUAUCGUGGCUGGCUCUGAAACUACCGCCACCGUGCUCUCUGGCGUUACCUAUCUACUUUUGAGACAUCCUGAAAAGUUGGCAAGACUCACAAGGGAAGUGAGAAGUGCAUUUGUUAGCGACGACGAUAUAACCAUGGCCAAAGCCAGUCAGCUGGAUUACAUGUUGGCUUGCUUGGAAGAAACGAUGCGAUUGUACCCUCCAGUUCCGAUUGGCAUGCCAAGGAUCGUGCCAAAGGGCGGUCGUAUCAUCGGUGGGUCUUUUGUACCUGAGAAUACUCAUGUUGCCAUAUGGCAUUGGGCGUUAUAUCGCAAUCCUGCCUACUUUAUAAACCCGACGAGCUUCUGUCCGGAACGUUUCCUGGGUGAUCCAAAGUUUGCAGGCGACGAGCGAGAUAUCCUCCAACCAUUCCAUGUUGGGAAGCGUAAUUGUAUUGGAAGAUCGUUGGCCUAUAUCGAGAUGCGCUUGGCCCUGGCCCGAAUGCUCUUCAACUUUGACAUGGUGCUAAGUGACGAGAGUCGUGACUGGUUGGCAAACCAAAAGGCUUACAAUAUAUGGUCCAAGCCGCCUUUGCACAUUCGCUUGAGUCCACGGAACCUGAGUUAG